AUGCCCAUGCUGAAAGCCACGACCUGCGAUGCUUUUGGUGAGCCAUUUUUGGUGACCCCUCGAGGUGGCGAAGAUGCAAAGAAGGAUCACCAAUCAGAUGGAGAUGACACAGGACGACCGGAGGGCGUGAAGGACACGAUUGAAGAUCCACGGGAAGAUGACGCGGCUGAGGAUUCCGGGGAGAGGUGCUGCAGUGCUGAGGAACAAGCGAAGCCAAAGGAAAAGAAAAAGAUGAAGAGGGGCCGGGUGAAGCUCUUUGAUGCGGAAAUUCAGUGUGAUGGAGAGGAUGCUUCAACAUGGUGCGUGGAAUUGCGAUGGCGUCCCUUUCCACUGGGAGGUGAAGCCUUUCCGGCAUUGAUGGCCUUGCCAUCCGAAUUUCAAGCGUCUUAUUUUGUGCUCUCUGAAAGACCCUGCGCAGAAUCAAAGGAGUCAGCGACCCGCUUGGGUCCGUUGUUUGUGGAGGGUGCCGUCAGUGACCCCGAGAUGGAAGAGCAGCGUUCCAUGGCCACCGUUUGCCUGGAGGGCUCCGUUGCAGCGGAAGAAAAGGUGGUGAUUCGACCCUUGUCGCGUUUGCGGCUACCUCCGCUGCGCUGCGAUGUGCGGCUCUUUUUGGCAAGUCGAUGUAUGGCCACCACUGGCCCCAUGUGGUCCAAACAGAGCCUCUACUUGGACCUUUGCCUGCCACGCCAGGCGCAACUGCCUUUGCCAGUGCCCCAGCAGCUCAGUUGCCUGGCUUUGCUGCAGCAUGGUCUUCAGAUGGACAUUGGAACCCGUCCAAAGGCUGAACCGCGGCCGGAAGGUUUCUGGGCAGUGCUGAAGAUUGAGAAGUUCCCCAGGGAGUUUGUCCUAGCGACCUCACGUGAGGUGGACGACUCCAUUGAUCUUCUGGAGCUUGGAAGUCCAGCCCCCAAGGCACACUACGUCUUGCAGUACAGGUCGUAUCACCCGAGCGUUUCUUUUUCCAGUGCCUUGGCGCGACCAGAGGAAGAGCAAUACUGGAGAGAGGUGCCAGUGGUGAAAGCGCUAGAUGAAGGCCGCGUCUUCCUGGCUGCGGAGCUGGAUGAAUCGCUGCUGAGACCCAGUGAGGCCUGCCACAGCUGGGCCAAGUUUCGCCUCGCCUCCAGGAGAUGGAGUCACUUUAGUUUCGCCUCGGUGGCUGCGCCGGUAUCGCCCUUGCAAGCGCCCGCCAAGCCAGAGCUGGCGGCGCAAUGGGUGGAUAGCCCAAGUUUGGAUGGUCUGCGCAUCCGAGUCUCUGCAGUCUGUGACUCCUUGACGCAGGCCUACCAAUUGCGUUUUCGCCUCAGCAAAGAUGCGGCGCGGGAGUCCUCCUGGCAGCUCUGCGACGUGGUGCCAUUGAAACUUCCAGAGUUGGGUCACGGUGAAGGCGGGGUGGCGUCCGUUGAGGCGCUCGCGCCGACGCAUCGGCUGUCCUAUCACUCGGAAUACCACUUUAGCAUCCGAACAUGCUCGCUCUCGCGUUUUUCGCCAUGGUCAGAGGAGUCAGAUCCGUUUUUGGUCUCACUGGAGCACCAGGGCAUGUGCCAGGACGAGAGCGGGGUAGAGAUCGACUUCUACGGUCAGGAAGAACGCUGGAAGCUCAGGAAUUCCUGGGAGGGGCAACGCACCGAGGCCACAAUUGUCUCCUGGACACCCUUGGCGCUGCCGCUUCUGCCGGCGACGACAGCAGAGGUGACCAUCGAGUACCGCCUGCGAUGGCGAAGGAGGUUGGUGGCAUAUAACGAUGCAGCCGCCUUGUGUGGACCACAGUUUGGAGCCAUGGAGGAGCUCCGUGCAAUCCACGCGCACGGUGAAGGGGAUGACUGGCAGGGACGAUGCGAGGAAGCUGAUGGUGGUGUCGCGCCUGUCAGGUUGAUGGUGCCCGAUCCAGAUGAAGGGCUACAGGAGAUGAGCGGAUUUGGGGCAAGUUACCCUGAGGACAUUGCCAAACGUGGCUAUUUGGGCGACUGCACCAAGAGGUUUUGGGGUGCACCCGAGUUCUCUCCCUGGCAGCUGGCGGCGGUGGUCCGAGCAAAGGCACGGACACAUUGA